AUGACCACUCACUGCUCGGAACCAGCCGUAUCGGAUACACUUACUAACUGCGGAAUUUGUUAUACGCCAUAUGAUGAGGCGAGCCAUGUUGCCAAAAUCCUGCAUUGCGGCCACACAUUCUGCGAGAAUUGUGUGAAAAACAUGUACAAAUACAAUGUUUUGAGGAAAAUAGGAGCACUUGAGAAGAAUUCGGAACAAGUUCAAGAUUCGCUGGUGCCGAUGGAAACAGAGAAAGAGGAAGAUGACUAUGAGAAGAUUUUCGACGAAUGCUUCCGUGAAUGUAUUGUGCGAGUUAAAGAAUGCCUGACGACCAAGUUUGAGACUUACCGAGAGGAAUGCGAAGAAUAUAAUUCAUCGGAUUUUAUCGUGUUUGUCGAGCAAUUGACCAAUGACAUCGAAUCGGCUAUUGAGGAUUUUGAUGUAACUCUUUCAUUAGAUGACGAUUACACACAGGUAAUGUCGGCUUCUCGUGAAUACGAAAACUCGCAUUUGGAAAGCAUAAACGAAACACCUGAAUUAUUUGAAACCAGCUACGGAAGCACCGAAAGCGAGUCGAGAUCGUUUGAUUGA